AUGGCAUGGGGCCAUAGGACCACAGUCUGCCUGGUCCUGCUGGGUGUGAGUCUGGGUCUGGCCAUCAUUGUGCUAGCUGUGGUCCUUCCUCAUCACCAAGCCUCUUGCCGUCCUGGUGCCUUCAUGCGUGCUGCCGUAGCGGCGGACUCCAAGAUCUGCUCAGAUAUUGGACGAGUCAUCCUCCAGCAGCAGGGCUCACCUGUGGACGCCGCCAUUGCUGCCCUCAUCUGUACCGGUGUUGUUAACCCUCAGAGCAUGGGCCUGGGCGGAGGGGUCGUCUUCACCAUCUACAAUGCAUCUACAGGGAAGGUGGAGGUCAUCAAUGCUCGGGAGACAGUGCCAGCCAACUAUGACCAGAGACUGCUAGACCAGUGUACAAAUGCCCUGCCACUGUGCACAGGGGCCCAGUGGAUCGGGGUUCCUGGGGAGCUCCGCGGCUAUGCUGAGGCGCACCGCCGAUACGGCCGCCUGCCUUGGGCUCACCUUUUCCAGCCCACCAUUGCCCUGCUCCGAGAGGGUUUCCGUGUGCCCCCUAUCCUCAGUCAGUUCCUCAACACCAGCUUCCUGAAGCCCUGCUUGAAUUCAUCAACCCUGAGACAGCUCUUCUUCAAUGGGACAGAAACCUUGAGAUCUCAGGACCCACUCCCAUGGCCUGCGCUGGCCAACACCCUAGAGACUGUGGCUAAGGAGGGUGCAGAGGUCUUAUACACCGGAAAGCUGGGACAAACGCUAGUGGAUGACAUUGCCUGGCAAGGAAGCAAGCUGACGGUUCAGGACUUGGCUGCCUUCCGGCCGAAAGUGAUGGAACCCCUGGAGAUGGCCCUAGGAAACUAUACCCUGUACUCUCCACCGCCGCCUGCAGGGGGCGCUAUUCUUAGCUUCAUUCUCAACGUGCUGAAAGGGUUCAACUUCUCUGCAGAGACGGUGGCCCAGCCUGAAGGGAAGGUGAACAUGUACCACGACCUUGUAGAGACUCUCAAGUUCGCAGUAGGGCAGAGGUGGCGGCUAUGGGACCCCUACAGCCACCCAGAGAUACAGAACAUCUCCCAGGACCUUCUCCGGGAGACUCUAGCCCAGCACAUCCGCCAGCAGAUUGAUGGCCGUGGUGACCACCAGCUCAGCCAUUACAACCUGUCCGGGGUCAGGGGCAACAGCAUGGGCACGUCUCAUGUGUCUGUGUUGGGAGAAGACGGCAGCGCUGUGGCAGCCACCAGCACCAUCAACACACCCUUUGGAGCGAUGGUGUACUCCCCACGGACGGGCAUCCUCCUCAACAACGAGCUACUAGACUUAUGCUGGAGACACAAGCCAGGUUCUACGGUCACCCCUCCCCCUGUUCCAGGUGAGCAGCCACCAUCAUCCAUGGUACCUUCCAUCUUGAUCAACGAAGUCCAGGGGUCGAAGCUGGUGAUCGGUGGGGCUGGUGGGGAGCUUAUCAUCUCUGCUGUGACCCAGGCUAUCGUGAAUAAGCUGUGGCUUGGCUUUAGCCUGACAGACGCCAUCUCAGAGCCCAUCCUACAUGUGAAUAGCAAGGGCCACGUGGAAUUUGAGCCCAAGUUUAACCAGGAGGUUCGGAAGGGGCUACAGGACCGAGGCCAGAGCCAGAGCCAGAGCCAGAGGCCGGUUUUCCUGAAUUCGGUCCAGGCUGUGUUUCAGGAAGGGCCCUGUGUCUAUGCAGCAUCUGACCUGAGGAAGGCUGGGAAGGCUUCAGGAUACUAAGACAGCUCUGCCCAGGGCUAGGAUCUGGCCCACUGUGAGUCCUGUGCCUGACAUGGAUGAUGCUGUACGUCUAAAUACUCCAGGACCCGGAUCCCUUGCUGUGAGACCAACCUGGGACCAAAAGAACAGGGAUCAGCCCAGCCGAUGAAUGAAUGAAGAGGGAAGGAUUGACUUGUCCCUGGUCCCGUCCCAACACCUCCUGUGGCCCUGCCCUGGUUCUUCUAGCCUUGCCCUCCCUGGCCUCAUGCUCACACUCUAAAUGGUGUACCCUCCCAGUCCACAGCAUGAACUGAUUUAGUGGUUCUAAGCAGUUAAAGGGACCCUCGGAUAGUUCCCAGUGAUAUGCAACACACCACAGACUCCUACGGUCCUUCAUGACUCGCCAUCGGGGCUAAGAGAUGAGCCAGGCUUCAUAAGGCUCAGCGGACAGGGGCAGGUACACCGCCCACGUCUACUCUGCUCCUGCUACAAUAUCUCUUCCGGGGGUUUUGCAGUGUGUCUGCUCCCCCCACCCUCUGUCUUGCCUGCUGGUGGGAAGACAGGAGUGUGGCUCGUAGUACUUAUGACGUUUUGCUCCUCUCAGGAAAAGGUUGGAUAAAGCAGAGCUCAGGUCUUAAUAUUC